GGAGAGCCGGGCGGCGGAGGAGGAAGAGGAAGAGAGCCGGAUGGAGGAGGAGGAAGAGGGUGAGAGCCGGGCGGAGAAGGAGCGAUCCCUAUUUGCCUCUAAGAUGAGUGCAGCCGAUGAUCUGGAUGAGAUGAUGGACAUCGGGACGGUGGAUCAGAUGGAGCAGGAGGCUCAGAUGAAGGAGGAGGAGAACCGUUCUCCCACAAACACCAACACAGAUGGCAUCUCCGCUGAGGAGGAGGAGGAAGCCGACGUCAAACCGACGGCUUCGGACUUGAUGCAGUCGAGUUCGUCGCCGUCAUCCGAGGCGGCGGGCAGCACAGGCAGAGACAGCUCGUCCCCUGCGGCGGUGGUAAACGGGAUGAAGGUGGUCAAGUUGUCCAUCCCCAGACUGGAGUCUGUGAGGCCGACGGAGACCGAGGGCGUGAAGUCGUCUCCUUCGCCUCCUUUGGCCAAAGUGAAGGACGAGCCGGUGGACGAGGAGUACGAGCAGGCGCUGAUCUCCUCCACGUCCACGGCGUCCGUCAAAGACGAACCCGUCAAGGACGACCUGAAGAUCGGGUCGGUGUACUCCGUGACUCCGUCUGGAGAGACGCUGCCCUGCGUCAACCCGUCCACCGUCCACAUGUCCUGCUCCAACUGCAGGAAGAACCUGCAGAAAGGACAGACGGCGUUCCAGAGGAAGGGCUCCCCGGCGCUCUUCUGCUCCACGGCCUGCCUCACCACGGCGCUUCCUUCUGCCAAAGGAUCCAACAAGCUCUGCCACUACUGCCAGAAGAUGAUCCUCCGGCCCCAGGAUGUGAUUCUGGCUCCGGAUCCCAACGGGACCAUGAAGGAGUUCUGCAGCCAGAUCUGCAUGAACGCCUUCAGCUUCAAGAAACAGCCGCUGAGCAUCCACCCGGCAGCGGUGCCGGCCAAGUCCCCGCAGACGCAGUCCCUCUGCAGCAUGUGCUCCAGAUUCAGCACCAACAAACACGAGGUGAUCCUGAGGGGCACCGUUCACAAGAUGUGCAGCGACUCCUGCUUCAACCGCUUCCGCACCAUCAACAACCUGACGAUGGCGGGCUGCGCCAACUGUAGCUCGUACUGCCAGAGCAAACCCGUCAUGCUGAAGCUGGAGGACAGCAGCAAAACCCUCUGCAACAUGGACUGCCUGGCCAAAUACAAGGAGAAAACCAAGGUGAUCCUGCCGUGCACCAUGUGCCGCGCUCCCCACAUGCUCCCUCAUAUGCUGAGCAACAAAAACAGCGACGAGUCGGUCAACAUGUUCUGCAGCAACAGCUGCCUGAUGGCCUUCAAGGUGCAGAACGUCAGCUCCUCAGGCGCUCGGCUGAACUGUGAUCACUGCGGUAAGAACACGGUUCCUUCGUACCACCUGGCCAUGUCGGACACCUCCAUCAGGAACUUCUGCAGCAUGACCUGCGUCAUGGUCUUCCAGGACAAGUUCAAGAAGAACCAGUCGCAGCUGAACGUCUUCACCAAGUUACCGGGCGGAUCCUCUCAGGCCCAGAUCGCCACGCCCACGCAGCUGCUGGACGUGCCCAAGCUGAGCUGCCUCCAGUGCAGCCAGGUCAUCACCUCUAAGCCCGAGCUCAUCCAGAUAAAGGACAAGAUAAUUUUCCUCUGCAGCUCCGACUGUUCGAUGGAGUACAAGAAGGCCAACGCUGUGAUGAGUCUGUGUGAAUACUGCAAGAUCGAGAAGAUCACCAGAGAGGCCAAGAGAAUCAACAACAAAGACUGCUUCUUCUGCAGCGACGGCUGUAAGCUGCUCUUCAGGCAUGAGCUGAGUAAGAACUGGGGGAAGCACUGCCACUCCUGCGUUUACUGCCACUGCGUGUCCAAGAAGCUGGUGACGGCUCAGUACGGCGGCUCCGUGGAGGAGUUCUGCUCCGAGGACUGCCGGUCCAAAUACACCAUGCUGUUCUGCCACGUGGCAAAGUGCGACAGCUGCGGCCGUAAAGGGAAGCUGAAGCAGAGUCUGCCUUUGCUGGGAGAGGUCAAACAUUUCUGUGGCAUCAGCUGUUUGCUGAAGUUCUGCUGCGACAAGGUGGCGACGCAGGGCGAAGUCCUCAAAGCUGCAGGUGAGGCCACGCCCGUCAUCGCCAGCGUCAUGUCGCUCGCAGAGCAGCCGGCGGGAAAAUCCAAAUCGGCAGACAAACCAGCACAACAAAGCUCAAAGUCAAAAUCCAAGACUUCUGGAAACAUGAGCGUCCAGACCGACGCUCCAAAGUCCCAUCCUCCUCCUCCUCCUCCUGCUGCUGCUGCUGCUGCUCCUCCUGCUGCCCCCAAGUUGCUGAAGAACAAAGCUCUGCUGUGCAAACCUCUGGUGCAGAACAAAGGCGUUUCCUGUAAGACUCAGACGGUCAGCGUUGAGGCGCAGACGGAUGACAUGCUUCCUAGAGUCAUGGUGGUCCCGGUUCCUGUUCCAGUUUACGUUCCUGUUCCCAUGAACAUGUACAGCCAGUUCGCCCCCAAACCUCUGAGCCUGCCUUUGCCUCUGCCGGUGCCGAUGUUCCUGCCCGUCACCAUGAACAGCGCCGAGCGCAUCGUGGAGACCAUCCAGGAGAUCAAGCAGAAGAUCCCGUCGGAUCCAUACGAGGCGGAGCUCAUCCUGAUGGCAGAGAUGGUGGCGGAGGGCGACGACGAGCAGAACGGCAACAAGCCGGAGAGCCGCAAAGAAAAGGCGACGGAGAGACAGUCGGAAAGCAAAGAGGUUCCUGCACAGGACGAUCACAUCAGUAACUAUAGCGACGAUCUGGACACGGACGACUUGGCCAGUUUCCUGAACAACUGGGAGGAAACCUCGUCCGACGCAGCACUGCGGCUGCCGAGUCGACAGUUCUCCUCCGACAAGCUGAACCCGGUCCUGGACGUCCCCGUCGUGGCGCCCGAGGAGCCGGAGUCCGAGCCGCUGCCGCCUCCGGGCCCGCCUCCCAUGGACAUCGAAGCCGACUUCUCCAUCGAAACCCUGGAGAGGCUGGCCCGUCUGAGGGAGCACUGCAGCAAUUCCCCGAGUCCCACGCCUGCGCCUAAACGGAGACAGGCCCAGAGGAAAGCCAGAGACAAGAGGGGCCGUAAGUCGCAGCGGGCCAAAGCCGCCGAGGAGAGUCCUCCCAGAACCUCCUCCAAGAAGUCCGUGUCUGCGGAGAUCCUGAAGCUGAAGAGCCAGUAUGGCGUCGACGCGUGGAAGCGCUGGAUCCAGUGGAGACAGACCCAGCCCAACCUGGAGCAGCGGCGCUUCGGCUCGCGCCCCCUGGAGCUGAAGGAGGACCUUCUGAGCUGCACCACGGCUGAACUCAGCUACGGUCUGUGUUGCUUCAUCACCGAGGUGAAGCGGCCCGGCGGGGAGCCGUACUCCCCCGACAGCCUGUUCUACCUCUGCCUCGGAAUCCAGCAGUAUCUGUUUGAAAACGGUCGUGUGGAGAACAUCUUCAUGGAUCGUUUCUACGGAAAGUUCUCCUCAGAUUUCACCAACAUGCUGAAAGGUUUUGAACCCACCAUCACUCGCCGGGGAUACGUGCAUUCCCGCGUGGAGGAGGAGUUCCUGUGGGGGUGCAAGCAGCUGGGGGCGUACUCCCCCAUCGUCCUCCUCAACACUCUGCUCUUCUUCUGCUGCAAGUACUUCGGCUUCACCACGGUGGAGCAGCACCGCCAGCUGUCCUUCGCCCACGUCAUGCGCUGCACCAAAACCAACCCGGACAACACCAAGACCACCUUCCUGCGCUUCUACCCGCCCAUUCCCGUAAACGAAGCAGAGUCGGAACCAGAGGGCGUUCCAGCAAAGAAGCGUAAAGAAGAGGAGACUAAAGAGGAAAUUCUGGAGAUGAUGGAGAACACAGACAACCCCCUUCGCUGUCCAGUCAGGCUUUACGAGUUUUACCUCUCAAAGUGCUCGGAGUCGGUGAAGCAGCGCACCAACAUGUUCUACCUUCAUCCUGAGCGCUGCUGCGUCCCAAACAGCCCGCUGUGGUUCUCCUCGACUCCUCUGGACGACAGCACCAUGGAAUCCAUGCUGAUCCGCAUCCUCACCGUCAGAGAGCUGCAUCUCAGGACCAAGAAAGAGCGGCCGGUGGUUUCUGACCCGCCUUUUAUACCCGAAGAGGAGGACGAAGACUCUGACUGAUAAAAAAGAACCGAAGUGACCUUUUAGUGGUGUUGCAACUGGUUGUCUAAAUGUAAAUAAACGUAAACGUUCACUACAACUUGUUCUCGGUAACUCAGAAUUAGCAGUGUGCUGAGCGGCAGAAAAGUCCCAUUUCCUAAACUCUGUUGAGCAAGAGUUGCACAUUUUCAAACGCACACCGUCUCUGCAGACUUUUUACCGCUGCUCAGAAGGAUGAAGACACAAUGCCGAUCGGUUUAAUUGUUUCUUGUUGACAUGGUUGCUUUCCGUUCCCUUCCACGUGUGUAGAGUCCUUACAUUUCAGUGCACGCAAGUCUUCUACGUCUUUUUUUUUUUUUCUUUUUAAAGGGAUGUAUGUCCACAAUGAAGAUCUGGAGAUAUGCAAAAACUAAAUACUGAUUGGUUUGUUUCCGGCGCCAUUGGCCCCAGAACAAUAAGCGAAACCAUCCAUGAUCUAGUGAUGCCUGUUAGAUUUUGAUUUUGAAGGUUUGGUGUCCUGCAUGUUUUAGAUGUGUUCCUGCUCCAAACUAGCUGGUUCAAAAUCCUGGGAUUAUUUCCUGAACUAUUCUUUUAGGUUCUGCAAAAUUCUGCUCUUGGGAUUAUGUUUUUAAUCAGGUGCUCAAGACCAUGAACAUCUAAAAUAUGCAGGGUACUCGUCAUAAGUGGCAAGAAUUGCCCUCCCCUAUAUUGUUAGCCUAUUUACACCACUGUGAGAUUCAUUUUGAUGUAUUAUUAAAAAAAGUAUUCCAAUACUGCAAAUUGAAAAGACCAUAAUGAUUAAUGGUAUUGGGGGUGGGGUGAGAACAAUGAGCAAUUUGAAUGUAACUCAAGUCACUGAAGGAGUGGUGAAUUGUGGGUAAAGAGGAAAUGCUAACCGGAUACACAAUACGUCGCUGUUUUUGGUAUUAUGUUUUUUUUAUAUAUAUAUUUUUGGGAUAUUGCCGAAUCCAAAAGUAAUCCUGGGAUCGUAAUAAUGGGUAACUGCAGCAAUUUGUGUAUCUUGGUUAUUUUAACCAUCCUGUCCUUAGAUUAUAGCUGUCUGUUUUCUAUUGUUUGAUCUCUUUUUUAAUAAAAUAAUCUCUUAAAAAA